CGUAAUUCAAAGUCUAUCUAUGUUUGCCACCAAUAGUAUCGGACAAAGCGAAUCCACCUCCCCCGUACACAAUUAUCGUACCUGGGCGAGUUUUUUUUUUUCAUAAUUAAGGAUACAAUUUGUUUACGUUUGCGACUUAGGCCUUUAUGAAUGCUCAGUACAGUUUAUUGACAUCAUUCUUUCGUGUUGUGCAGACCUGCCAGAAGCAUGGCGAAAACUAAAAAAGAUCGAACUACAAGUUUUGGAUUUUAAAAUACUAUUGUAAGUGAUAAGUGAGAAUGCCGAUUUCAUGUAGAACUGGAUGUGGCAGAAAUGCUUUCCUGAAGCGUCCAAAAACGGGAAACGCAUUGUGUAAGGAAUGUUUCUUUCUUGCAUUUGAAACGGAAAUACAUAACACAAUUGAGCAAAACAAAUUAUUUGAGCGUGGAAAUUUGGUGGCCAUAGCAGCCAGUGGUGGAAAGGACAGCACAGUAUUGGCCUAUGUCUUGAAGGUUUUAAAUGAAAGAUAUGAUUACGGUUUAAAAUUAGUGUUAUUAUCGAUCGACGAAGGCAUCACUGGAUACCGAGACGACAGUCUCGAGACUGUAAAGCAAAAUCGUGAUGACUAUGGAAUGGAGUUAAAAAUUCUAUCGUACGAAGAACUUUACGGGUGGACUAUGGACAAAAUUGUAGAUAAAAUAGGAAGGUCUAACAAUUGCACAUUUUGUGGAGUAUUUCGGCGUCAAGCAUUGGACCGAGGAGCUCGUUUAAUGCGAGUGGAUUGUGUAGCAACCGGGCAUAACGCAGACGACAUAGCGGAAACAGUUUUGAUGAACAUACUUCGAGGAGAUACUGCACGCUUGCGUAGGUGUUGUAACAUAAAGACCGGAGGAAAAGAUGCAGAUUCUAUUCCGCGUGUCAAGCCCCUGAAAUAUGCAUAUGAGAAAGAGAUAGUAAUGUACGCGCACUUUAAGAAGCUAAUUUAUUUCUCCACUGAAUGCGUUUUUGCACCAAACGCAUAUCGUGGCCACGCAAGAGCUUUUCUUAAAGAUUUGGAGAAAAUAAGACCAUCAGUUAUAAUGGAUAUAAUCCACUCAGGAGAACAGUUAUCUUUUAAAGAUACCGUGAAAGUACCGUCAAGAGGAACAUGCAAUAGAUGUGGUUUUGUGUCGUCGCAACAACCGUGCAAGGCUUGUGUACUAUUGGAAGGACUGAAUCGUGGGCUCCCAAAAUUAGGCAUUGGGAAGAAGUCCAAAGCGAACAGGAUGAUCGCUGCUCAAAAUAGUUUGAGGCAAAGCGCAAGCUUAGUUAAGGAUGAUUUCUAGCACUCCUAAGAAAUUAUUUGAAAUCUGUACACCUCAUACAAAACGUAUACAUUAUAUGUACGGAUUACGGUUCUGUACGGUGAAUAUGUACAUUGUAGUAUUUCAUUAAUAAAGCGAU